GCUGGGAAGGUGAUGGAUUUCUCAGCACAGCUUUGGACCCGGUCCAAGCCCAGCUCUGGCACGGUCCCUUAUCUCCAAGCCCCAGGCCACUCUGCCUCUAGUUACAGGCAGGGAUAACAAAACUGGGCUCUCUCACACACACCCUAUGUAGGAGAUAUGCUUACACAUGCACACGCGCUCGCAAAGAAUACCAUAUGCCCACACAUGGACGAGGGCAGUGUGCGCUUAUCCCAGUGGAGCUCUGGUACUUCAGCGUCCUUGCGAGAAGCAAUGCAGCCCAACCAUUUGGGUCAGAGCUACUUGAAGAUGGAGAAUUACUCGAUAUAGUAAAAGGUCACAAACUUGUGACUCUUUUUUUCUUCCCUCUUGGGUUUCUCUAUAGCAGCGUGUCUUUGGACGUGUUUACACCAAGAAUUCAUCACAAGACCAUCUUCAUCUUCAUCACCAGAUUUUUCCAGGGGGGUUUGGAUAUCAGAAAAGACACCUGUUGGAUGACAUGCUGCCUGAGCAGACAAUGAUCUGAAGGCCCUACCAGGAGGCCACAUACUUUCUUUCUUCCUUCCCUCCUUCCUUUUUUUUUAUCAGUGGAGGAAGACGGGUGAGCUCAGCUGCCUCAGACAGGUGGCAUACAGAGAGAGAGCGAGACUCUCUCACACGCACACAUCUUUAUACACAGAAGCGACUAGUCGCUGUUUGUGCUCCUGUAGCUCGAGAAAUUUUGACCUCUGACCUCACCACACCCCCAACCUUGACCCUACCCCUGCUCGGCCAAUCACAGCAGCCAUGGGGAGGAAAAAGAUCCAGAUUCAGCGAAUCACAGACGAGCGUAACAGACAGGUGACCUUCACCAAACGGAAGUUUGGUCUGAUGAAGAAAGCCUACGAGCUCAGUGUGUUGUGUGACUGCGAGAUUGCCCUCAUUAUUUUCAAUCACUCAAACAAGCUCUUCCAGUAUGCCAGCACCGACAUGGACAAAGUGCUCCUCAAAUACACCGAGUACAAUGAGCCGCACGAAAGCAGGACCAACGCUGACAUCAUCGAGGCUCUGAACAAGAAAGAGCACCGGGAUUCAGAGAGCCCAGACCCCGAGGAGCCGUUCUCCCUCACGCCUCGCACAGAGGAGAAGUACAAAAAGAUAGACGAGGAGUUUGAUAAAAUGAUGCAGAGCUAUAGGCUUUCAUCCACAGUGCCACCGCCCACUUUCUCCAUGCCAGUCACAGUGCCGGUGUCCAGUCAGAGCCCUCUGACAUUCAGCAGUCCCAGCAGCCUCGUCACCACCUCCUUCAUCACCUCCACUCUCACAGACCCGCGCCUGCUGUCACCACAGCAACCGCAGCUGCAGAGGAACACGGUGUCUCCAGGCCUGCCACAGAGACCUGCCAGCGCAGGUGCUCUUUUGGGAGGUGACCUCAACAAUUCAAACGGAGCGUGUCCAAGCCCUGUGGGUAAGUCUUUCCUCCUACCAGCCAGACGGUCCCGAUAAUACCUCUUUAUUUUCACCUGAAUAAUGCAUCAGUCUGAGUCAAACUGCUUAAAAUUGAAGGGCACGGUCAAGAGUGGAGUGAGAGUUUUCAAUCUCAUCCGAUAAGAUCUGAUCUGAUCUGACUGUGAUUAUGAGAAUGACAGCAGGUCUAUGAAGGUUGUCAGGACAGAAAAAUCUGAAAGCGAGUGAUCAGGCUAUCGGACAUCCAGUGUAUGCUCACACACCUGUUUGCUCAUGACAGCUGAAGCUCACACUGUGUUCUUCAAGCAUGCCUGUAAACACCCUCAUGGGACCAUGAGGCACGAGUGACAAAUGUUAUGGGUCAACACCACACAUCAUUUUUCCUACUCCGUCCUUUCAUUUUAUUUUUUGCUUAUUUUUUGUUUCUGUGCCUUUGCAUAAUUGUCUUCCCAUCCUCUUCCCCUCUCAGCUGUUCUUUAUAUCCCAGAUUCUGAAUACCCAGCUUAAACCAGCACGCUCCGUCCCUCCCCUCCCCCUCUGUCACACUCCCCUCUCUCCUCCCAGCCAAUCUUGACAGUUCCUGACAGCUGUAUGUUCUCCUGCCUCUGAACUUCAAAGAGCACACGAGUCUCAUGGACAUUUUAAGUGGGCAUUUAUAAUGUGAACAUUUAAUCUGUGAAGAGGCCGAAGGCCCUUGCGGAGUGACUGGAAAAACACCUCCCAUUUUUUGGGAUUGUGUGUGUCGUCUUUGGCACAUUCCAUGAAUAUGCCUUAUUUUAGUGUUCAUUGUAAUUUUUUUGAGUCCAAUUUCCAUUUUUAUUUUAUUUUUUUUAUGUGAAGUAUUAAAUAUA